AUGUGUCCAACAGGAACAUCGCUGCAAAGCAACGCGAAACUUGAUCGGAACCCAAAUCUGCGCUCGGCGUUCGAAGUCCUCGACGCGGACGGCGACGGGAAAAUCAGUUACGACGACCUCCGGUCAUUUUAUGGCGGAUUUUCCGGCGCCGGCGGGUCGGACGAGGACGUAAUCGGGUCGAUGAUCUCGGUGGCAGACUCGAACCGGAAUGGGUACGUCGAGUACGAGGAAUUCGAGAGGGUGUUGAGCGGGAGGAAGAAGAAGGGCGGAAAUGGUGGAUCCGGCGGCGGUGUGAUGGAGGAGGCUUUCCGGGUCAUGGACAAGGAUGGGGACGGGAAGGUGGGCCAUGAAGAUCUGAAGAGCUAUCUGAAUUGGGCCGGGUUUGAGGCCCAUGACGAGGAUGUGAGGGCUAUGAUUAAGUUGGGCGGUGGGGAUGAGAAUGGGGGUGUUACUUUUCAGGGAUUGCUCAAGAUUUUGGCCGUCUGA